CUCGGUGGACAGAUAAGGAGGGUCAAUAACACGUAAAUUAGACUUGGAGUAGUUUAUCCAGUUCACAUCAAUCGCUUAUCCCAAAACACGCGAUGGCAGGACUUCGUAAUGUGUUUUUUACGGGAAUCGUUUUGUUUUUCCUCGCACAGAGAAUAUCAUCAAAUAGUAAUCUUCCCAAAGAAAUCAAUGUUUUCGAUGCAGUGGGACUUGGCAGCAAGGUUUUCCCAGGAGUCUCGUCAACGACCGGACAAAACAACAAAAGUCCAGCAUACCUCUUCACAAAACAAACGAAUCACAUGAUCGCAAGUCAAAACGCAUUUGAAGAGGUUGACAAACUCAUCCACAACAGCAGUGAUUUUAUUGUCUCUGCUUACGCCAAGCUCAUGGCUAAAGAGAUUUACAAAAACCCUAUCGUGUCCAUCAAUUCAAAGGACGGUCAUCAAUUGUACUUCCUUCUACAGAUCUCAGGGAAUCAACGAGGAACAGGACUUGAAAUAGUUGUAACAGUGCAGACUAAGGGUGGUUCUCUCAAAAGAUUUCAAGUCUCAAGUAGCAGAUCUUUAGACUACACAAAAUGGCACAAGAUAGCAGUUCGAAUUCAGGAAGCUGAAUCCCUGCUGAGGGUGUACGUGGACGACAGCAUGAUCAAUGUGUUUUCCUUUAAAUACACCCCUCAGCCUUAUCCUAAAGAUGCACAGCUUCGUCUCGGACAGGUUUUCGAGGUGUACUCAGAAAACACUGGUGAAAUUACUUCACGAUUUAGGGGGGAUCUGCAAGAUGUCAAAUUUGUCAAAGGGUCACCCCUAAGCGACUGCUCCAGGAUCGCAAAGUGUCAAUGCACUGACGUCGUUGGUAAAAAGGACUGUGUAGUUGAUGGACUGAGAUACGCAGACGGAAAGCGCUGGACAAAGGAUAAGUGUAAUAUUUGUCACUGCAAGUGGGGUCAGGUUAUGUGCACGCACACGUGCCAAGUCUGUAAGGAUAAUGGUCAGACCUAUAUGGAGGGCGAGACAUGGAAAUCAAGUAACGAUAGUUGUUACACCUGCAAAUGUGAGGAUGGUAAAGUCACAUGUUCACCCCCAGUCUGUGCGAAGCCUGACUGUAGCGGGAAAUCAGGUGUCCUUGUAACUCUUAAGGGACAGUGCUGCCCAAUUUGUAAAGAGGACCAGUGUCGGGGUACUGGAAAAGUUUUCAAGUGUGGUUGUGACGUCACCUGCUCAAAUUUCCAUGACUUCAAGUGCCAAUCAUGUACUGAGAGCUGCUUCUGCCCUGAAGGGAGAGUACUCAAUGAUCAGGGAAAAUGCAUGGCAUCUGCUCGCUGUGGCUGUUUGCACCAAGGAAAGAGAUACAAGCCAUUGGACCAAUUUUCCGACAAUUGCCAGUUCUGUUUAUGCGUCGGUGGGAAAAUGAAUUGCUACAAAUGGUGCUGAAUCAUCGUUUGACCAAGGAACACUUCUCUAAAAAUUCUGUGAUUAAUUUAAUAAGUCUUAUCUUAUUGGAUAGGGUAAUUUGCUUUUAUCAAUUGAGUCGAUAAUGAAAAUUGCCCACCUUAAAGGGCUUCAAAGUUGACGUCUCGAGCGUUAGCCCUUCGUCAAGUGAAUGAGGAAGCGUUGUUUAUUAUUAACUUGUUAUACUCGUAUAGCAGCAAAGUCAAACAAAGUCCGUUGAUCGAUCGACGGCCGAUCGUAAAACCUUUUAGAAGUCGCUGACCGAUCCACGGCCGAUCGUGUUUGAAAAAAUUCGAAAACUAUCCACGGCCUUUGCGUGGAAAAACACGAUCAGCCGUCGAGGAAAUGAGAGAUUGGGGAGAAUGAAACGAACAAUUUCCAAAGAUAUUAUCCUACGAACACUUGUGAAUACAUCAAAAGUAAAAUUUUAUUCCUAUGGUCAUUUAUAAUUACAAUUAUUUUGGACUUUGGCGAACUGACAUGAGACGUUGGCCAAUCGACCUCAAACGUUGGCGAACUGACGUUGGUGAACUGAUACGUUGGCGAAACGACCAGUUACCCUUCGUCGUUCGUCCUUCGCUCUGACGAAGGGCUAACCUCGAAACGAAAGCUUUGAAACCCUUAGCGGUAGCCAAUUUACAUUCUCAACUAAGUUGAUAAAACCAAAUUACCUUGUUACCCAACGCAGCGCCACAAUUUCUU